UUGCUACAUCCAAGCCGGGGGGGAGAGGAGCCCGGAGGAAGACCAGCUCCACUGCACUGCUCCUCCCCAACGGCACCGGCCACCUGUCACCCUGCAGCACCCCGCCUGUUCGUCCCCAGUUUACACAUCCAAACACACUGAAAGUUCCAGACCAGAGCCCUGGGAUGGGGAAGCGCAGACACCGAGGCUCCCGGGGAAGGACCCAGCCUGCACCAGAGGCCAGCUGCCGGCUCCGAGCCCCCCACCAGCCCCAGCCAUGAACAACCGGAGCCAGGAUGACCUUGGCACCGGCAGCUCGGAGCCCCUCCGGGUCGUCAUCAUCGGCAACGGUCCCUCGGGCAUCUGUCUGUCCUACCUGCUGUCCGGCUACACCCCCUACGUGAAGCCGGGUGCCGUCCACCCACACCCCCUGCUACGGAGGAAGCUGGCCGAGGCGCCGGGGGUCUCCAUCCUGGACCAGGACCUGGAUUACCUGUCUGAAGGCCUCGAAGGCCGGAGCCAAAGCCCUGUGGCCCUGCUGUUUGAUGCCCUCCUGCGCCCAGACACGGACUUCGGGGGAAACAUGGAGUCCGUUCUUACCUGGAAGCGCCAGAAGGAACGAGCCGUCCCCCACGUGGUCCUCGGCCGGAACCUGCCUGGGGGGGCCUGGCACUCCAUCGAAGGCUCCAUGGUGACCCUCAGCCAAGGCCAGUGGAUGGGGCUCCCGGACCUGCAGGUCAAGGAGUGGAUGCGCAGGAAGCGGAGAGGCCUUCGCAACAGCCGGGCCACGGCUGGGGACAUCGCUCACUACUACAGAGAGUACGUGGCCAAGAAGGGCCUGAGUCACAGCUUUGUGUCCGGCGCCACGGUCACGGCUGUGGAGUGGGGGACGCCCGAGUCCGGCGGCCCCCUCUUCCACGUGAGCGGCUUCGUGACCCGCGAGGCCCAGAGCCGGCAGCCCUUCUCCCUGUGCGCCCGCAACGUGGUCCUGGCCACGGGCACGUCGGACAGCCCGGCGCGGCUGGGCAUCCCCGGGGAGGCCCUGCCCUUCGUCCACUACGAGCUGGCGGCCCUGGAGGCGGCCGUGCGGGCGGGCACGGUGACCCCAGCCUCGGACCCGGUCCUCAUCGUGGGCGCGGGGCUGUCGGCGGCCGACGCGGUCCUGUACGCCCACCACUGCAGCGUCCCCGUGAUCCACGCCUUCCGCCGGCCCGUGGACGACCCCGGCCUGGUCUUCAACCAGCUGCCCAGGAUGCUGUACCCUGAGUACCACAAGGUGCACCAGAUGAUGCGGGAGCAGUCGGCGCCGUCGCCCAGCCCGUACGCGGGCUACCGCAGCCUCCCGGAGCACCAGCUGCUGCUGCUCAAGGCGGAUCGCCAGGCCGUGUUCCAGGACCGCGACGGCCUCCAGAAAGUCUUCGGGGUCUCCCUGGUGCUCGUGCUCAUCGGCUCCCACCCCGACCUCUCCUUCCUGCCUGGGGCAGGUGCUGACUUGGCCGUGGACCCCGGCCAGCCGCUGAGCGCCAAAAGGAACCCCAUCGACGUGGACCCCUUCACCUACCAGAGCACCCACCAGGAGGGCCUGUACGCUCUGGGGCCGCUGGCCGGGGACAACUUUGUGCGGUUCGUGCAGGGCGGCGCCCUGGCAGCGGCCAGCUCCCUGCUGAGGAAGGAGGCCAGGAAGCCCCCCUAACACCCGGCCUGGCGCCCUUGUCCCCAGGCCCUAAAGAGGAAGGGAGAUGAUACUGCCCUGCUAGACACCCCAGUGAUGGGGGGGCCUCCCCUGGCGGGAGACAGGAGGGGCCGGGAGCCCGCACAACGGGCCUCUCGGACGAAGAUGAGUGGGGAACCCCGGGCAGCCUGCACGCAGACCGGUGCCCAGGGCGGGAGCGGAGGCCGCAGGCCAGCGUAGGCUGCAACUUGGGGUGCAAGCUGCUGGUGGGAGCCGGGUCACCAGGGCCAGCUGAGCGCUGAGCCAAGAGGACUGCAGACCCCACUUGCCGAAUCAGGUCCCAAUUAAACCCAGUACCUGCCUCCA